AUGGCAGACCAGGAACACAUUCCCCCAUUUAUGCCGGCCGUCCACCUACCCCCCGGACCCUAUGAUCCAUCCUCUCCUCCGCUCGCUUCCUCCCUGAUCUAUGACCCCAAAUUCCCAACGCCUCGACCAAACCCAUCUCAAUACCUGAUAAAAGUGCUCAGCACCGCCCUGUGCCGUGAUGAACUCACCUGGCCUGAAGUCAUAUCUAAUCAUCGCGCCUAUCAGCCGCCUAUCCCAGGCUACGACGUUUGUGGUACCAUUCUCUCAACACCGUCAGAUGACGAACACACUUACGACGGCCCUAAGUUCAAAGUUGGCGAUGAGCCGAAGAACGUCACGAGCGUCGAGGCAGCGAGUAUUCCUCUUUCGGCUAUAACUGCAUGGCAGGCUUUUUUCGCCCACGGAAAUCUAAAGCAUAUUGCAGACAAGUGCGGACACCUGGACAGUGAAGUAGUGCGAGAUGACUGCAUGGAUGAAAAUGGCAAAGAAGGGGUCAAGCAAUUGCAUCCUCGCAGCGAGCCUGUCCGAGUGCUGAUAACCAAUGCAUCUGGCGGAGUGGGAGUACAGGCCCUUCAGCUCUUACGGUCAAAUACGCUAUUCGGAGACCAAAAGUUCUGGAUAUGUGGCACAUGUUCGAGUCGAAAUGCAGCCUUUUUGAAAGACACCUUGCACAUCGAUGAAGUUAUCGACUACACUGUUAACCCGGAUUUGAGUGAAGCCUUUAAAUCAAAGGGCUGGGAUCCUGUUGACUUUGUGUUUGACUGUAUAGGAGGUCAGUCGCUGAAGCAAGCCCAUUCCCCAGCUGUCAUUUGUGAUAAUGGCUCGAUAGUCAGUGUUGCACAUCCACUCAAGAAGGAAUGGGGAGAUUUGGGAAUUGAGAAGAGAGGGCUGAGUAGCCGGUAUUUUAUCAUCGAGUUAAAUGGGAAGCAGCUGGAGAAGAUAGGUACACUGGUAGAAAAAGGCGAAGUCAGAGGCUUUGUUGACCGGGUCUUUGAACUGCACAGAGCCAGAGAGGCUAUGGAACUGGUUGAAUCGAAGAGGGUUCGAGGAAAGGUCAUCUUGAAAGUUAACUAG